UCGUUGAAAAUGUCUGGACUUGGAUUAAAAAGUAGAACUACUGAACUAACUGUAAAUCUGGCGCCCAGACGCUCGUUGGAUCAGCUCCAGAUGUGAAGUAUGUCUGCUUUAUGCUGGGUUGAGGGGUUUAAUCUGUGGAUAAAGACAGAAUCUGGAUUAUAAUCCACCAUUAUAACACUGGAAUCAGCAUUUGAUACUGGCGGACGGACUGGUUUUGACCGGAGAAGUGUGCUGGUUUGAAUCGGACAGGCAGUCUUGGUCCUGGUUUUGAUUUUAGAACUGGUUUGGGCGCAAGAGAUGGGGGCUGCUUCAUCAUUUAAAGAACCGUGGACUAAAGUGUUGGCAACUCAGAGGGAUCAGUUUGAUAACCUGGAAAAGCACACGCAGUGGGGAAUCGACUUUGUGGAAAAAUACACCAAAUUUGUGAAGGAAAGGACUGAGAUCGAGCUUAACUAUGCAAGACAGAUCAGGAAUCUGUCCAAGAAAUACCAGCCUAAGAAGAAAGAGGAAGACGAGAAUAAGUACACAUGGUGUCGCGCAUUUCACUCGACGCUAAACGAGCUGAACGAUUACGCCGGACAGCAUGAGGUCAUCGCAGAGAACAUGACAUCACAGAUCAUCACCGAACUCACGCGAUACGCACAGGAACUCAAAACAGAGAGGAAAUCGCAUUUCCAUGAUGGACGGAAGGCACAGCAACAGAUCGAAGCCAGCUGGAAACAGCUGGAAUCGUGUAAGAGGAAGUUUGAGCGGGACUGUAAGGAAGCAGAUCGAGCCCAGCAGUACUUUGAGAAGUUGGACGCAGACAUCAACGUGACGAAAGCAGACGUGGAGAAGGCACGGCAGCAGGCUCAGAUGAGACACCAGAUGGCUUCUGACAGCAAGAAUGAAUAUUCCUCAUACCUGCAGAAGUUCAACCAGGAGCAGAACGAACAUUAUUACACCAUCAUCCCUAAUACUUUCCAGAAGAUCCAGGCGAUGGAGGAGAAGAGGAUAGAGCGAAUGGGCGAGUCGCUGAAGACGUUCGCGGAGGUCGACCGACAGAUUCUGCCCAUCAUUGGGAAAUGCCUGGAUGGAAUAACACAAGUGGCCGAGUCCAUCGAACCCAAGAAUGACUCCUCUCAGGUCAUAGAGUCGUAUAAGUCUGGGUUCGAGCCUCCUGGCGAUGUGGAGUUUGAAGACUAUGGUCAGGCGAUGAAGAGGACGGUGUCUGAGACCAGCCUCACUAACUCACGCUCGGACAACAAAGCAGACCGUUCCGGCAAGGGCAAGAGCAAAACUCUCUGGCCUUUCAAUAAGAAAAGCAAGCUUAUGUCCCUGUUAACUUCCCCCGUACCUCGCCAGCCCCCCCCUGACCCUCCCUCACCUUCUGCUGUGACCCCUGACCCCUGCCCCACUCCCCAGACCCCCAAACAGUCCAAGGAGCCCCUGUCCCACCGAUUCAACGACCUCAUGACCUCCAAGCCCAAAAUGCACUGCCUCAGGAGCUUCCGGCGCGGGUCUGCCCAGUCUCUCUAUUAUAAUAAAGAAAUCAUGAAGAGGACUCUCGGUCGGCCUACGUAUGCUUUCGAGGCCAGGCAAUAUAUCCUCUCUCUAAAGCUGCUCUCACUCAAUGCCCACGUGCGGAACCUUAUUGAGGGUUCAAAUCCUGAGGACUUCAGUCAUCUUCCUCCAGAGCAGAGAAGGAAGAAGCUUCAGGCGAAGAUUGACGACUUCAAUAAAGACAUACAGAAAGAGAUGGACCAGAGAGAUGCUUUGACUAAAAUGAAGGAAGUGUACAUAAAGAACCCACAGAUGGGGGAUCCCAACAGCGUGGACCCUCGGUUAGCAGAGAUCGCCCAAAACAUUGAGAAACUCCAGGUGGAGGCUCAGAAAUUUGAGGGCUGGUUAGCGGAGGUCGAAGGAAGGAUGCCAGUAAAGAGUGACCCUCCACGGAGGACGAGUGUCCUGUACGAGACCCAAAACAGCACACCACCCACCACCAACAACAACAACUGUGCACAGGAUAGAGAGAGCAGUCCGGAUGGCAGUUAUACAGAGGAACCGAGUUCUGAGGUCCAGAGUAAAGUCCAGCCUGAAACGGCGGAGUCUGGAGAUGAAUUUGACGAUGCAGAUGAAGAAAUGCUACCCACCAUCGGCACCUGCAAAGCCCUCUACCCGUUUGACGGUGUUAAUGAAGGCACCAUCUCAGUAACGGAGGGUGAGCUCUUGUAUGUAAUAGAGGAAGACAAAGGUGACGGGUGGACGCGUGUUAGAAGAAACGAGGAAGAGGAGGGUUACGUCCCCACAUCCUACGUCGAGGUCUUUCUGGACUCCAACGCCAAAGAUUCGUAAAGUAUGGAAGGAGGACUCAGUGGUGCAGGGCAAACAGCAGCCACAUGUGGGGAAAACUACAGCCUACCCUCCAUGAACCGCCCUAGAGUGAGACAGACACAAAAUAAAGAGAGGAACAGUGAAGGAAGCGAGAGGAAGAGGCUAUAGAGACCUCUCGGCCUAAAUUCUCCUGCUGUAGAGAGGAACUUUAACAGCGAAUCAGAGAAAUAUUAUGGCGUUUAGAUUUAUUACCUGUCUGAUAUUUUAUAAUGAGGUGAAUAUGAUCUGCAUAUAUCAUUUUGCUUUACGGCUCUUCAUCGCUGCUGAACGGCGCUAACGUUUAUUUCAGUCUGUGCGAGUGAGUGAGUGAGUGUAUGUGUGGUUGUCUUUAACAGCCUUGUUUCCGAUUUCCUCACCUUUCCCGAACUAAAAUCCUGGGAAUGUGGUCUGUAAAAGAAGCUGAAUUUUUGGUACCACAACAGUGCUGCGUUCCAUUCAUAUUCCUGCUACAUCUAGCGUGACGCUCGAAAGAUGAUGUACACUACUGGUCAAAAGUUGGGAACGAUUACGAUUUUUAAUGUUUUGAAAGGAGUCUGUUCUGCUCGCUAAGACUGCAUUUAUUCAAAUAAAAAUACGGUUUGAAUAAUUACUACAAUUUAAAAUAACGGUUUUGUUUUUAAGUAUGUUUUAAAAUGUUAUUUAUUCCUGUGAUGCAAAUCUAAAUUUUCAGCAUCAGUACUCCUUCAGAAAUCAUUCUAAUAUGCCGAUUUGCUGCUUAAUUAUGAUUGGUGCUCUGUUAUUAAAAAUGGUUCUUAUCAUCAUCAAUGCAAAAGUUUUUGCUGCUGAAACCUUGAUUUUUAUUCAGGAAUCUUUGAUGAAUAGAAAGGUCAAAAGACAUGAUCUUUUGUAACGUUAUAAAUAUCUUUACUGCCACUUUUACCUCAAACUUUUGAAUGGUAGUGUAUCAAGGUUUCAAAAGAAUAUAAAUAUAAAUUACAUUUGAAAAUAUAUUAAAAUAGACAACAGAUAUUUUAAAUUGUUUUUGCCGUAUUUUUGAUCAAAUAAUUCCAGCCUCGGUGAGCCGAAGAGGCUUCUUUCGAAAACGUUAACAAAUUGUAAUGAUUCUAAACUUUUAGUGUAUAAAGAAACAAAAUGGCAAAAUCAUGUUUUACACAGCUAAAAACAUUCAUGUAUAAAUUUAUGAUGUAGGAACUUAAAAUCAUUCAUACAUUUGUUUGUAUGACGUGAAAUGUCUUCAAGUGCCCUUUCGAUUGCACUUUUUCAAGUUGCAAGCUGGAAUCUUUCUCAAGCUGAAUGGAACGCAGCAUUACAGUUCUUCACGACGUCGCUCCUUCAUCAGGCCACACCCCUUUAGACCCUUUGACUCCACCUUCCAAAGUGGCACACAUCAGGGGCGGGGCUUCUCUGGCCAAUAGCAUGUCUGCUUGCCCUGGCACCUCCUCUGUCUCCGCCCUUCCAGUGCAAUUACUAAUACUGUCUAUCUCUUUGCCAUCUUAUCCAACUCAUUUUUAUCUAACGUCCCUUCAGUGAUUCACAUUUUCAUUCAUUUUAUCCAUUAAGUCUUCCCGCUUUACCUUAACCGUCCAAUCAUCAUGCUCAAAUGCUGUUUUUGUUUGUCGGGCAAGGGAGGGGCUAUACUUAAACUCAUGAAUAUGCUAAUGUCCUGUUGAUAUGGGUAUGUAUUUAUUGUGACAGCUGUUUUGUUCAUGUCUUCAUGGUUUUACCCUGUGGAGCACCCAGCUGAGAACCUCGCGACCUCAUUGGUUUCGCCGGUUAUAUAUAUAUGUAAUGGUUUAAAUGUACUCUGAGCCAAAUGUACAGGUUAACCAGACAUUUAACAUGCAUCAUGUGAGCUGUGAGCGUUUGUAUGGCUCUCGUAACCUGAAGAAUAGACUUGGAGGUUUUUAAUUCAACUGAUUUUUUCCCGUUUUAAUGUAAUCACUAUGGUUUGGCGAAGGGGAAUUUUUUUUUUUUUUUUUUUUUGUGAAGAGAUUAUAUUUAGUAAUUUCAUCAUCUUCCACUGUUUACUCACCAUCCCUGAGGCACAUAAUUUUAACUUUUCUUUUUAUAUAUAUAAAUAUAUAUUUUUUAAUUCUCUCACACAGUCAUUUUGGGUCCAGGAGAGGUUUUAGUUAUUUUACAUUUUAGUUUUUUUUUUCUUUUCUUUUCUUCUUAUUUUUUUUAUUGAUUCUUAAGUAGGUUUGAAGCCCAAAACAUCUACAUCUCUACAGGCAGCAUCAUGGAAAUGAAAAUUCGCACAUGCCACAGAUCUGCUAUUUAAUGCUGAAUGCAUUUAUUAUGUUUAACAAAGCGAUUAUUGAGGAUUUAUGGUGUUUUAUGUUGAAUGAAUUGAGCAGCCUUUCAGAAUAACUGACUCAUUUGCUAUUGAUGAACCUGUAAAUAUAACAAUGUGUUAUAAAUAAGAAUUGGUUUUGAAAGCGGAGAACAUCUCACCAUCUUGAAGAGGAAAACGUCAUUUCGUAUGUCUUCCGAACAUACACUUUUUCAAGUGCUCUGUCUCUCUUUGAGAACAAAACAAUUGCUAAACAACUUCAUUUCAGCCUUUUCAGCAUUGUUAUACUUUGGUGGCUAUCACCAUAUGACACAUACAUACACACCUGUCAGUGACAAGAAUCAUUUGCCCUCGGCCCUUACCUGCUCUAUUUGGGACUUCAAAACACUGUUCCCGAAUCAGAGAAUUAUAAAUAUAUAUCUAUAUAUAUAUGUAUAUCUAUACGUACCAUACUAUAAAUAAGAGUGAACUACCAAUCCAUGGUAAGAGUCUAUUUUUAAAUUUUGAUUAAUAAAAAUGUCCCAGUUUUUUUUUCUCUGCUUUGCUAAAUGAAUUAAACUCUUUUUUUUUUCGUUUGGUGGGGUCUGCCAAAUGUUUGUUUUGCACUUUUUUGUUUGUGUCCUAUUUGUUAUGCUUGUGUUUUUGAGCACUGAAUACUUUGUAUGUGUUAACUGUGCCAAUUAAAGAUAGAGGGGGAAAAAUAAUUAA